AAAACUUACCCUCCGCUUUCUGGCAAAACUUUUGACAAAAAAAUUAAACGUUUACUUGAUUAUUUCUCAACUUGAUAUCUGCGAAACUUGUAGAUUGCCUAACAAAAUUUCAGUCACUUGAAAAUUGUCAACAGAGGAUAAAAUAUCCAAGACGACAAUGUCUCCUAUUUUAAUUAAUAUUUGCUCAAAUCCCUCUGAAAUGGCUUUAAAAAAUUGUUCGCUCAAAAAAGAGAAGCCACCCAAAAAACGGGUUUCUAACUUUUUUAUUAGUCAAAUUUUGAGCGAAAAUCGAGACGAAACGCAUGGCACAAACUCAGAGCACGAAAACAGCGGUUCCAGUCCUAGGGAAAAUCUACGAAGCGCCGACUCUCCAACUUGUCUGAAAAACGAGGCGUCUGCUAGCGGAUCACAGUCGAGAGAAGAUGAGAUUACAGAUUGCACGCGAAGAUGGCAGGAUGUGAACAGAAUAACACCAGAAGAAGGGCUUGUGGCCGAUGGCGACAUGGACGAUGAUUGCACCACUCCGAAUGAAGAGCAGCCUUGGGACAUUUUGAACUCUUUUUUGAAACUAUCACAAAAUCAGAAAUCUUCACCAGUUUUCGAAAAUCAUGCAGAAACAUUAUUGGAGCCAGGAAUGCACCAAAACUGCCCCCAGAGUUUAGGUCAUCAUCUCAAUCCGGCAAAUUUUGCUGAGCUUCUUGAAAAAUCUGCUCACAAUCUGGUUGCGAAUCAAACACACAUCCAUCCAUUUAUGCCUGGAAACAAUCUGACAGUACCAAACUUUCUUCAAUUUCAGUCUCCUAAAAAGUCCCCCUCGCAUUUACACCAUUUUGUGCUACCUCAACCAAAUUUGAUACCGCCCUCUAAUAUCAACCACCCCAACCCCGCUCUAACUUUUGGGACACCGCUGAGAUUUCUUCCUGGCACGACGGCGGAUUUCUCCCGGACAACGAUGGACCUAAUGUCAGCAGCGGCGGCGUCUGGUGCUUCGCCGGAGUACGCGGCCAUGUUUCCGGGAGGAGUGCCUUGCGGCAGCACUUAUGACCCCUGGGGAUUACAGUCGGCGAUUAAUAACCGAAGAUGCAGAAGAAGUCGCACCGUGUUUUCAGACCAACAGCUGAAAGGACUCGAGAAAAACUUCUGCAGCACUAAGUACUUGACAACUAUGCAGAGGAACAGACUGGCCAAGGAGAGUGGACUAACGCAGAUGCAGGUGAAGACUUGGUACCAGAACAGACGCAUGAAAUGGAAAAAACAGCUGCUACUCGACGGAGCCACUUCCAUCCCCACGAAGCCCAAAGGAAGACCCAAGAAGAUUCUAGAAGAACAAGAACUAGAGGAGGAUGAAGAACACUGAACGAGGAAUUAGAAAAACUCACUCGAAGCUAGAAAAUAGAAAUUAGAUUUCCUUCUUUUAUAAAUUGUUCUUUUUAAAAAAAGUUAUUUUUAUAUCAUUUU